AUGGAGGGCUUCGAAGAUAUGCAAAGUCGCCAUCGCAAGGAGCAAAAGGAUUUACAAGGACGCACAACACAAAAGAAGAAAGGCGCAUCGAAGAAGACUAGAAAAGGUGUGAAUAACGAAUGCGAAGAAUUAGAACGACAAUUGAAAGAAAGACAAGCUCAAGAAAUAGCAUCGCUAGACGGGGAUACUGUUGCGGAUAUUAAUGAUGUUCCAGAGCUUGAUGAAGAAGCUUCAGAAACUUCUGCAAAUGUGAUUGAUACAAAUGGAGUCCAUGAUCUCACGAACUCCUUAGAUAAAUCCUCGAUCGCCGAAGCGGCGGAUUUCGAGACAGGACAAACUAAGAAACGUAAUCGACAGAAAGAAAGACUCGCACGAAGAGCGGCGGAACAAGAAGCUGAUGUGGAGGAAGCUAGGAAAGAAGCUGCAAAUAUGCCCAACGAAAAAGAAGUGGAGAGGAAACGAAUGCAGGAGGAGUUUAGCUCAAGGAAUUUACAUGAGAAACAAAUUCGACCAGAUGGACAUUGCCUCUUCUCUGCCAUAGCCGAUCAGUUGUCCCAGGCUGGAAUACCUCUUGGAGCAGAGGCAGAAGGAUUGAAGGAUGAUCAACGAUACAAAGUGAUCCGCAAAGCAGCUGCAAGAUAUAUCGAGGGACACCCAGAUGAUUUUAUUCCGUUUCUAGACGAACCGCUCGAGGAUUUUAUUCGCAAAGUUAGAGAAACUGCGGAAUGGGGUGGCCAUUUGGAACUUCUUGCUCUGGCAAAAACCUAUAAUGUCGAGAUCUGUGUGUUGCAGAAUGGAGCUGCCCAAAAGAUUGAGCCUGGGACCGAGAAAAAAACAGAGACGAUUUAUCUGGCAUAUUAUCGACACGGAUUUGGACUGGGAGAACAUUACAAUUCACUUCGAAAGGCACCGUAA